CAGCUGAUAAACAGCUGUGAAUUAUAAUUAGUAGUCUGUAGAAAUUUAUCCGGUAAAUAGCAAGUAAAUAGUUGUGCUUCAAAGAAUAUGAGUUUUAUUAGGAAUGGGAGAAGAAUACUCAUAGCUGGUAUACUGCCAGGUUUACCGGGCGAUCCAUCACAAAAUGACAUUGUUUCCAAAGAUACAAAGACGUACAAGUCAUACAUAGAAAACAAACCCGAUCUGAAUGAAACGGGAUUGGAUCGACUUAAGGAUAUGUUUCAAGUUGACGAAUUCGGCAGCAUCUCUUCGGAGUUGAACUCUAUUUAUCAGGCAGGCUUUGUUGGUUUUCUAUUCGGCGCUAUCUAUGGGGGUGUUAUACAAUCGAGAACAGCGUAUAUGAAUUUCAUGGAGAACAAUCAAGCAACAGCAUUUAAAUCACAUCUUGACGCGAAGCGCAAGUUACAAGAUGAAGUAACUAUGAACUUUGCCAGAGGUGGAUUUAAAUGGGGAUGGCGCGUUGGUUUAUUCACAACUUCUUACUUUGGAAUAAUAACUUGCGUUUCGGUUUAUCGAGGGAAGUCUUCCAUAUAUGAGUAUAUUGGCGCCGGAUUUAUUACUGGCAGUUUAUAUAAAUUAAAUUUGGGCCUGCGAGGCAUGGCGGCGGGUGGCAUUAUUGGCGGUGUGCUGGGAACUGUAGCCGGUGCGGCAUCGUUAGCGCUUCUCUAUGCAUCGGGUACUUCCAUGGAAGAGAUCCGCUACUGGCAAUAUAAAUGGCGACUAGAGCGUGAAAAUGUAGUACACGAAGCAAUGAAGAAACAAGAAGAUGAUGCAUACAAAACACCAGCAAUUUUCAAAGAGCACGACGUAAAAGUAGGCGAGAAAAUAACACUGGAGCCCAUUAAGUAAGAAAUAAAGUUAAAUAAUAUAUUAAAAAAAAAAACAAAACGUUUUCAUCUUCUUCUAAAUUAAUUAGUAACAAAUUAAAUAUGUUUAGUUAUGAUGUACAUAUGUAUGUAUAUUUUAUUAUAAAUACAUUUGUAUUGUAUAUUGCAAUUUUUAGACGAUCAAAUACAGCUACAUUGAAGACAA